AUGAAGGUUUAUGAAAGCAACUUCAACUACGAUUACCCGUUCCCUACGGUGACCCUCGCCUACUUUCUUCGAUACCCUAAUCCUUACUCGAGGCACGUGCUCAGCACUGAUGUCAUUGAUCGAUAUGUUGAUCCCGAGACAAAGCGGCUACAUACACUGCGCUUGCAUCUGAAAAAGUCCAAAGUCCCUGGAGCUAUCCUAGCGCUCCUUCCGAAUGGCCUCGCUGGGCCAGGAGGAAGCAGCCAGAGCUUCAUCCUUGAGAAAAGUGUGGUGGACAUAAAAGAGGGAUGGAUGAAGACCGAAUCAAGAAAUAUGGAAUGGACAGGCAUCCUCAGCGUGAUCGAACGACAGCAGUUUCGGAGGAAUGCUUCGCUCGAAGAGACUGUCAAUGAGGCCAACCCGUCCAACAGCACCGCCUGCAAGACCACGGUUACAUUUGUCUCCAAACUGGGUCAGGCAAGGGCGGCUCGGAAGAAGGCAGCGGGAGACGCCUCAGUCGACGAACCGCCAAAGCAGGGCUUCUUUGCUGCUUGGUCGACCGCCGGCAUCCAGCGGACGGUAGAGCUGGUGGGCGUGAAGCGGACAAAAAUAGCCCUAAUCAACGGAAAGGAGGGUAUGAACGUGGUUCUGGAGAGGCUCAGACAUGGAGGGGUGCUGGAAGUCCUGGAAGGCAUGCGUCGGGAUCGUAUGGAAAUGGGUGGCGAAGGUAUCUUGAAGCAGGCAUGGAAGGAUGCAGCCACUCGGUCCGGCGACAAAUGA